AUGUCGGAUGAAAUCGCAGAGAAUGGAACAGCGAACGGAGACGUCCCAGAGAUCGAGCUGAUCAUUAAGGCAUCGACGAUCGAUGGACGACGGAAGGGAGCGUGCCUCUUCUGUCAGGAGUACUUCAUGGACCUCUACUUGUUAGCCGAGCUUAAGACUAUCAGCUUAAAGGUGACAACAGUAGAUAUGCAGAAGCCACCACCAGACUUCCGCACAAACUUCGAAGCGACGCACCCACCAAUACUGAUCGAUAAUGGACUUGCCAUAUUGGAGAAUGAAAAGAUUGAACGGCACAUCAUGAAGUCUGUACCGGGUGGACAUAAUCUAUUUGUGCAGGACAAGGAAGUGGCAUCUCUGAUCGAGAAUCUGUACUCGAAGUUGAAGUUGGUGCUCGUGCGCAAGGAUGAACAGAAGUCCGCGGCGUUACGCGCGCAUCUCGCACGCAUCGAUGGGCUGCUCGAGCGCCGGGGGACUAGAUUCUUAACGGGCGACACAAUGUGCUGUUUCGACUGCGAGCUGAUGCCUCGGCUGCAGCAUAUUCGCGUCGCCGGAAAAUAUUUUGUCGACUUUGAAAUACCGACGAGUUUCCGCGCUUUGUGGCGUUACAUGUACCACAUGUAUCAGCUGGACGCCUUCACGCAGAGCUGCCCCGCCGACCAGGAUAUCAUCAACCACUACAAACUGCAGCAGUUAUCGGCGAAAGGUUUGGUGCUGACGCCCACGCCGACACUACAACGGAAAGAGAUACCCACACAAACGGCGUUGAAAAUGAAGAAACACGAAGAACUCGAGACGCCGACGUUCACUACGUCGAUCCCCAUCGACGUGAGCGAGCUUAGUAACGCCGAGUAA